CUGCGCUUUGAGGCCAGAAACUCCACUUUGUUGAAAAUGUCCGACCCCCACCCCCCCAUCAAAAAGAAAAAAAAAAAAUGAAUCACAGAUGGUCAGGACUCCUGCGGGGUCCAACAGGUGGUUCUGGCUGGUUCUGGUCGGCGGGUCCGGGCCGCACUCUCGAACAUCUGCGAUCUGGACCGGAGCUGCUCGUCUCGCGCGCGGCUCCGUGAGACGGUCUUCUCAAGUCUCCUGAUGACGUCACUACAACAUAAAUAUUUAUAUAGACAAAACAAGUCAUUCGGUUCCCCUGAAGUUGAUGUCUGGAGGUGUUGGGCUCCCCAAGUUCGGAGCCGCAGACCUGACGCGUGACUCGGGGGGAAGCUGGAGCGUCAGUGCGGCUCUCUUUGUUGGAGCCUGAACUGGUUCGGAUUGUUGUCUGUCACUCGAGGAGUGGCACUUUGGUUCCGGGCGGACCGCUUCACACUCGCUGCGUCUGCACGGAGUCGCUCUCCUCCGUUCCAAACUCGGGUCUGACUUCGGAGGUGUUUCUGCCUGCGCCGUAAUUCUGUACAAAAGUGACGUCACUGAUCCAGACAGUUUCCUCGAGACGGAUCUGACGCGGCUGACGUUCGGUUUGAGUUCGGCCGGGCGGACUGGACCGUCAGGUCCGAGCGUGUGAAGCGUCGGUAAAGCGAGCCGCAGUCCCGCGGCUGGUUCCGGACGGAGGGCCCGACGCCUGCUCGCCUCCGGAACCGGCGGACAUUUUGAGCCGUCCGUGUUUGGGUCAGCGGAGGAACGGAGGUUGGAGAUGAUUCGGUCAAGUUUCACUGCCGUUCAGAUCAACCCCUCCGUCGCUACAGUCCGAUCCAAACUCUCGUUCGUUCCGGGGCAGGGCGUGGUCUUGUACCCUCAGAUCGGGGAUAAGCUGGACAUCGUGUGCCCGCGUGUGGACGGCGGCGUGGGCGACGGCGUGGAGUACUACAAAGUGUACAUGGUUCCCCGCGAGCAGCUGGAGAGCUGCACCAUCACCAAAGCCGACACGCCGCUGCUCAACUGCGUCAAACCGGACCAGGACGUCAAGUUCACGCUCAAGUUCCAGGAGUUCAGUCCCAACCUGUGGGGCCUGGAGUUCUUCAGGGGGAAGGACUACUACAUCAUCUCCACGUCCAACGGCACCAUGGAGGGCAUCGACAACCAGGAGGGCGGCGUCUGCAAGACCAAGUCCAUGAAGAUGAUCAUGAAAGUGGGACAGAAUCCGUCCGACCCCGUCCCAGCCAAAGACAACCCCACCAGGGUCCCCCAACCGCCCAAGUCUGCCGACGACAAGGGCAGCCACAAAACCAACGAGGUGGAGAAGCCAGGUGUGGCGACGCGAGAAAGCGACGGCAACAACUCGGGCGGGAAGUCGUCCGGCGUCAUGGGCUCGGAGGUGGCCUUCUUCGUGGGCAUCGCCUCCGGCAGCGUCAUCCUCAUCAUCAUCAUCAUCAUGCUGGUCCUGCUGCUGCUCAAGUACCGGCGGCGGCACCGCAAGCACUCGCCGCAGCACGCCGCCACGCUGUCGCUCAGCACGCUGGCCACGCCCAAGCGCAGCGGCAGCGGCGGCAACAACAACGGCUCGGAGCCCAGCGACAUCAUCAUCCCGCUGAGGACUGCUGACAGCGUCUUCUGUCCGCACUACGAGAAGGUCAGCGGCGAUUACGGACACCCCGUCUACAUCGUCCAGGAGAUGCCGCCGCAGAGUCCUGCCAACAUCUACUACAAAGUCUGAACGCGCCAACAGCUGGAAUUAUUUCCCUGCUGGAGCAGGAGGGGGCGCCGGCGGACACUGUCCCUCUCCCCCGUCUCCCCCGUCUCACUAUUUUAUUAUUCCUGGGAGUUUUGCCGAACCCUCGUCCCGCUGGUGUGUUUGUCGGAGUGCUUCUGGGAAGUGAGAGCGCCGUCUCUUCUGGCUGCGGUCGUCCCACGGAGGAAACGUAGAGGGCGCCAGCCUCGCGAUGAAAAGGACUCUGAAAGAGACGAGCGAGCCGACAAGGAACUCUGGGAAACAGCCGUCCUGCUUCCAGGAAGACUUUACGGAAUUAAAAAGGGGCGGGAAUCUUGCACCGGUCCCCUGUGGGACUCUCUUGUUGGACUCAUCUCUCACCCCAUCACCCCUCAUGGCCCACAUCACUCACAUGUGACGUCUUCGUUUCGUCAAGUUUCACCGUCAAAGGACGUUUUCUGGUUUGCUUUGGUAUCCGGUGUGUCGCCGUCAUGUCGGACACACCGAGGCCAGCGAGCCGCCACCAGGCCCCAAGAGUGGAGGUCUUUCAUCUACAUAGAGCAGCACUUUUAACUCCAUUUGAUCCCUCCACUCUUGGGGCCGCCCUCCGUGAGAGCCGGCGGCGUUAUGGCGAGGAAAAGGUUUUCGGGGCAAUAAGAAAAAUCCGGUUCGCCUUACUGUUGUUUGUCGCGUCAGGGGAAGGCCCAAGCUGGGUUAGCGUAGCGACCUGAGACAGCUCUAGGUACUGUACCGCCCCCCACCCCCCCAGGUGCAGGAAGGGAGGGAGGCAGGGGGAAAACUCAACCGCACCGGACCCUGUCCCGGCAGAGUCGACUCACCUGCCCUGCGUCCUUUCCGCUAACACCGUCACCCACUCCUGACGCCAUUCGUAGCAGAGAGGGAGGACUGGGCGGUCCAACAGCGAGACGCUCUCCCGCUCUGCAGUUUAGAAAAGCACAGGGACGCGUCGCCGCCGCGUCGUCCCUCCACCUCCGCUAGCAUGUCGUGUUUGUUGUCGGGUGAAAAACCAGAAGAGAAUAAACAAAGAGCAGAAUUUAUUUAUGACGGACACGUAGAGCACAGUCAGCGCGGGCGUGAACACGUUAUUAUGCAAUCACGAUGAUAUUCUCGGGACCCUCGCCAGCAGAGGGCGCCGGCGGGGACCGGAGUCAUCAGACCCAAUAAUAGCUCACGGUUAGCGCACACGAUGGCAGACUCACUCAGUGUAGCAUCUCCCAGAGCCUUCGCCUCCCCUCCCCCCCACCCUCCACCGCUCUCAUCCACGUCGCUCACGUCCGAACACCCUCAUCUGUCUGUCACCGAAAAAGCCAAGCCUUGUCCUGAUCGGAGGUCUGCGCCUCUAAGAGGUCGCAGACCCGGCAAAUAUGCAAUUCUUAUUUAUUUUUUUAAAUUCUGAAGAGAAAAACAGUGAAAGUGUUCUUACCGAGUCAAAACACACCAGAAGAUGUAGACACACACACACACACACACACACACCUGCUGUUACGUGGACUCCCUGCGUACCACUUCUUGGUCGGCGAAGGUGCCGCAUGGCGCGUGGGCGGGGAACCAGAAACCCCGCGUGGAAGCGGCAGAAAACGACAAUCUUACUAGUUUCUUGUGUCACGCUGGGGUUCUCGCCGCGCCGCCGCGAGGACGGCGGGCGACGGUGAAAUGCCUUGCUCGUAUUGGUCAGCCCUCGGCCGCGCGACGCGGAAACUUUGCACCGCACUUGUGUCGGUAAGAAACUGUACAUAGGUCCAUGUUUGUAUGGUUCUGGAUCCCGGGUUGUUACGAUAGCCUUACUCACCUUUCUAGUCAAAACAAGACGGACGACACUCUUCUUUUGGUAAAUAGCUUCUUCUGUACAUAGAUCCGGAAACCGAUCAAAAAACAUUUUUAUAAAGUCAGAUGUUUUGUAUAAAUUUGAAUUUUUGCUAUGUAUUUUAGCUAGCGCUUGAUGGAAAGCCCCCGCCUCCCCCCCCCCCGACACUGCCCCUCCCCCCUUUUGCACUGUUUCCAUGGUGAUUAGAGAAGAGGAGCGGGAAAAGUUGCCAAACCGACUGCUGCAUAUUUGUGCCAUAAGUGUGAACCAUGAAUAUUUAUUGUUUAGUUCUCGUCCUGUUAACGCUUCUCAGUUGGGUCCAGUUUGUGAGUGACAGUAUUAUGUUUGUUUUCUUUUGGUUCCUCAUCCGGCCCGGUUCUGUUGGCCCGUCACGGCUCCCGGCGGCCCCUCCCACGCCCUCUCUCUCCCCCUCACACACACACACACACACACACACACACACACACGUUUCCUUUCAGUAUCAGAAAAACCCGGUUGUGAUUCCGAACGGUUUUGUCAGCGACUCACAUUCCACCGUCUGUUACAAACUGAAAGUGUUUUUCAAUAAAAUCUUUUUCCUAUGGA